UGGGAGCUGUAGUACUGGGAGCACUGGUGCGUGCUGGGAGCUGUGUCCCCCCCCGCACUGCCAGGUGCCAUGGGGGGGGAGCAGUCGCUGGCGCUGCCCCCGGGGAAGGGACCCCACUGCGUGGGCUGCGUGGACGUCAUGGUGGGCCGCACGCCGCAGGGGCUCUUCCUCCGCCUCUUCUACCCCUGCGAGCCCCGGGAAGGGGCCGAGCGGCCGCGCUGGAUCCCACGCUACGAGUACAGCCGCGGGCUGGCCGACCUCGCCGGCCACAGCCGGCGCUGGGGCGCGCCCCUGCUCCACCUCGCCCUCGGCUCCUGCACAGUGCCAGUGAGCUGGAAGGCUCCCUUCAAACCCCGCAGCGGCGGCUACCCGCUGGUCAUCUUCUCCCACGGCCUGGGGGCUUUUCGCACCCUGUACUCGUCCGUCUGCACGGAGCUGGCGUCCCGGGGCUUCGUGGUGGCGGCGCUGGAGCACAGGGACCGCUCUGCCUCCGCGACGUAUUUCUGCACGGCGCAGGGCGGGCAGGAGCAGUGGAUCCGCCACCAGCGGGUGCCCCAGGGACAGAAGGAGUUUUAUUUUCGGAACAUGCAGGUUCAUCAGAGAGCGAACGAGUGCGUGCGGGCGCUCCGGCUCUUCCAGGCCAUCCGCGGCGGUCAGCCCGUCCCCAGCGUCCUGCACCGGGACUUCGACCUCUCCGUGCUGAAGGACGGCGUUGAUCUGGCCAAAGUGGCCGUCAUGGGCCAUUCGUUCGGGGGGGUGACCGCCGUGCUGGCCUUGGUGAAGGAGCCCAGCUUCAGGUGCGCGGUGGCUCUCGACGCCUGGAUGUUCCCCCUGGAGAACACGCUGUACCCGGAGGUGCCCAGCCCCGUGCUCUUCAUCAACGCCGAGAAGUUCCAGACGCCGGAAAGCAUCGCCAAAAUGAAGAGGCUGAGCUCCAGAAACAGCCAGACGAGGAUCAUAACCGUGCUGGGGUCCGUGCACCACAGCCAAACCGACUUCGCCUUCCUCACCGGGAAGCUCGUCAAGCGCAUCUUCAACGUGGGGGGCACCCUCGACCCCUACAAGGGCCUGGACAUCAUCAGCCGGGCGGCUCUGGCCUUCCUGCAAAGGCAUCUCGACCUGAGGGAGGAUUUUCAUCGCUGGGACCACCUCCUGGACGGCAUCGGCGACUCGGUCGUGCCAGAAGCACCUCCCUGCCUCUCCAAGCUGUAACCCGCCACGAGGCCGCUGCUGGGAGCCGGGUACCGGGAAAUGAUCCGCUCGGAGCCAGCACCGGGACGUUCGGGAGCCAGCCCCGAAGGGCAGGAGGGCCCCUGGGGAGAGCAGGGCCUGGGGACUGCGCCUGCGGGACGCGGCUGCGGCGCUCGCCAGGAGUGCCAGGAAAUCCCUCCCGGCCCCAGGGCUGCCGGCGGUGGGGCAGCGAGGGCUGCGGAGCUCAGGGAAUAAAACCCCUGGGGACGAGGA